AAGCUGCUUCUCGAUACUGGCAAGGUUGACGCAGAUCCUAAGGAUAAGAAUGGACAGACAGCGCUAUAUAUGGCGAUAGAGAAGGGGCAUAAAGCGGUUAUUAAGCUGCUUCUCGAUACCUCCGCUUUUGCAAGAGCUUCAGAGAUGAAGGUCUCGGCGAAGGACGUGAUGGGGCCGGAGGCAGCAGGGGAGGCGGUGGUGGUGUGGGCGGGACGGACUUCCUCGUCUGCAGUCCGGGCUCUCUUGGCCGACUGCACCGUCGUGGAGGGCGGGGGCGGGACGCAAAGGGUGUCCGGCAGAGGGGUAACCGGCGUCAUGACUGGCGGUAUCGGUUUGGGCGCCCCAAGGGGCGAAGGCGUAGACAUUUCGGAGUUGUGGUUGUUGGGAUAUCGACCGUGAAAACGGCGAUUUUUGGUGGUGUUAAGGGUUUUGCGGGCAACCUAGCGUUAACACUAACACUUGGCGCCAAGACUUUUCGUUGUAGGAGGAAGAUUG